GUUCACUUUUGCCACCUUGCGGUUCGUUUCGGCUUGCGGCCUUGGGUAGUGGCCCAGUUUUGCCUCAGCUGCGUUGUUCAGUAUGUUUCGAGUCUCGUGAUACGAGUACCCAAGCCUGUACCAGACUAUCUGAGAAUUCACCCCGAGCAACUGCGGCGCUGUAUCCUCCCGAAUGUGCUGCCGGGUCGUCGUUCAGCAAUGUCUCAAAGCGAGGCUCGCGGUGGCCGAGAACAACUGCGUGGAAAUCGGGCGCGGCAUCGUACUGUUUGUGUCCUUUCUCGAGAACGCCACCAGGGAUGACGUCCUGAGGACCGCCAAGUCGGUCCUGAACGUGAAACUCUGCGACUCCGGCGAAGGCGCCUUGGUGUCCGUGCUCGAGCUGCCCGGCGAUGUCCUGGUCGUGCCGCAGGCCUGCCUCGCAGGGAAGCGCAAGGGAAACCGAGUCCAGUACCACGGUCUGGUGUCCAAGGACACGGGACAAGAGUUCUACAGGAUUUUCGUCGAGCAGUGUCAAAUUCUGAUGUCCGAGCGCCAGUGGUGCGGGGGAAAGACGAUAACCAUUGUCCGCAGCGGCACGUACGGUGACCGACAAGUUCUGUCGAUGGAAACGAACGGACCUUUCACGCAUGUUUUGGAUUACUAGUCCCAACCGCCUUUCACUCACAUUCUGGGUUACUAGUCCCAUCCGCCUUUCACAUAUGUUCUGGAUUAAUAGUGCCAGCCACCUAUCACGCAUGUUUAAAAGGAAGUUCUCCUUUCGAGUGACGUUUGUGAUGGUCCCCCAGCUCGGGACAUGGCUGUCGUUUACGACCAGCGCGGGGGUUUAUUGAAUAAUUGACGCACGUUUUGGGCCACGUCAUCAGGAGGGUUCUCCACAGCACCUGCCGACUGGCAGCUUCCAUUAAAUUCUCUGUCAUACCACCUG